GUGGCACAGACUGCUGUGCAGGCUGCAGCGAAAAGACGUGCGGCCUUGAAGGCUGCUGCUUCUGUCGGUUUGUGCAAUGACCCGGGAAGCGAUUCCGGCGCUAGCACAUCAACGGCAGCAUCGAGGACCCCGGCUAAGCCAAAGGCGAAGCAGCUACACGAGGGGAAAGAUAUCGGUCCAGCCGCUACUCCGCAGGCUGCUGUGACAAAACGUACGCGUGCGAAGACAACUCCUUUGCCGAGUGCAGAGAAGACCCCGAGCACGAGCACCCCGCUGCCCAAGAGCUUGAAGCAGCUGGAAGGAAGCCCCGGCCAUGCGACCCCCAUGAAGACCGGGGCGGGAGCACAGGUUGGGGAAACGCCGGAGAAGAAGACUUUGGAGUUCGAGG